UGCACGGAUGGAGGUGGAGACUAUGUGGAAUUGGAACGAUGCACCCAAUACAAUUUUCUAAAACGAGCCAAGAAACGUUAUUGUCAAAAACCACCAAAAAAUCGAUCGAUUGUAAUACGAUGGAACAAUCCGUGUUUAAGUAUGCGAUUUGUUUCGGACCAUCAGAUUGUGCGACGUGGAUUCUUGGGCAUUUAUCGGUUUCACAAAUCUGAUUAUGAUGACGAAUAUGUUCCACUGCCCACUAUAAUCAAUUCCGAUUCCACGUACAUGCAAAAGUAA